GACACCUCUUCAGCUCGCUCAUACGUCAGAUCUCGGAGUGUAUAAAAGGAGAUGGGGGCUCCAAAAGCAUUAGCCACUUCACCGCUGGGUCUGGUGUUAGACACAGAGAAGAUUUUUUUCACUCAGGAAGGAAAACUUAAGCUGCUGAAGAUGUGGAAAGUGUUUGCUGUUGCUGUGAUCCUCUGUGGCACUCUGGUGUCAGCCUCAUGUCCAAAGGACUGUCGAUGCCCCCCUGACAUCCCCAGAUGUGCAGCAGGUGUCAGUCUUACGCUGGAUGGCUGUGGGUGCUGUAAAGUUUGUGCACGGCAGCUCUUUGAGGACUGCAGCAAGAUGCAGCCAUGCGACCACACAAAGGGACUGGAGUGCAACUUUGGAGGGGCCUAUGGUUCUGUUAAGGGCAUCUGUCGAGCCAAAUCAGACGGGAGAACGUGUGAAUACAACAACAAGAUUUUCCAGAAUGGGGAAAUCUUCCGUCCAAACUGCAAACACCAGUGCACGUGUAUGGACGGCGCUGUUGGAUGCGUCUCCCUCUGCCCACACGAGCUCACGCUGCCCAGACUGGGCUGUGCAAAGCCCAGACGGGUCAAGGCACCGGGAAGGUGCUGUGAACAAAUCGUCUGCCAUGAGGAAGGGAAGCCAGAGAGCUCUGAGGUGAAAAAGCACAGGAAGAAGCACAGCAGCAAAGGCAGCAGACUGUCUGAAGAUGACCUUACAAACAGGAAUGAGUUGGCUCCUGUGUGGAGAAGAGAAUCAAAGUCUUUACCUGCUUUCAGGAGUGACCCAGUGGACCACAUGUUGGUCAGAGGAUUCGAGUGUGUGUCUCAGUCCACACCUUGGUCCCCCUGCUCCACAUCCUGCGGCACUGGAGUGUCCACCAGGUGGACGAACAGCAACGCCGAGUGCAAACUGGUGAAAGAGACUCGGAUCUGUGAAGUUCGUCCAUGCAGCCAAACGAUCUUUAGCAGAUUGAAGAAAGGUCAGAAAUGUAACCCCACACAAACCGCCAGCCGUCCGGUUAAACUGUCCUUCGCAGGCUGCCAUAGCCUGAAGAAGCUCCAGCUGAGGUACUGCGGGUCCUGCUCCGACGGGCGAUGCUGCAGGCCUCAUCGAACUCAAACGUCACCCGUGCGCUUCCGAUGCAGAAAUGGCAAGAUCGUCAGCAAGAUGGUGAUGAUGAUCGAGUCCUGCAAGUGUAACCUAAACUGUUCCGGCGGCGACAAACAGACAGCUGCCACACUUUUUAAAUCCACAGACUGAAAAUUUCUUUCUUUUUCGUUCUUAAUUCAAGUGGAAAAGAGGACCAUUAGAGUAUUGAAAACUGUGCACUCUGAACACUUGCAGACAUCUGCAGGCAGAAUUUCUUGAACUUCAUUCAUCAUGACUUUGCUUCGUAACAUUGGAGCCUUCUCGUUUGCUUCUUUUUGAAGCAGUUUUUAUUCUACAUUGUGAAAAUUCUUAUUUUUGUAGUUAAACCAAAAUGUGCUCUCCACUCUUUAUACAAACACUUCACAUAUUUAAGCCUCUCUUGACAUGUCACAUGGCAACAUGGAAAUGAUGUGAAUACUAUGGCAGCUAGGUCAGUCAUUGUGCACAUGUUGCUGUGUUUGUUGAUUUACUGUUAUCACUGUAUUUAUAACAUUUAAUAUCUGAUACUUAACUUAAUCCAGUGUUGGAUUUAAUCAAGGGUUAUUGUACAAAUCUAAUAUUGGUUUGACAUCCUGCUUAUCAAAUGUUUUAAUAUGACUGAAGGUUGCAAAUAAACUGUACCAUAUGUGAGUUGUCUAACCAAACUGUCAGUUUUAUGUUUUCAGUUUUUACAAAUAAACAUGAAAAUCAA